GGACUAAAAUUAUUUAUUAUAAUUAUUAUUAUUUAAAGAUGAGCACUAAAUUUAUAUGACAAAAUCACCAAACCUUUCAUUUCAUAUAAUCGGAGUAUGAACAAAAACUGCAUCACUGGGUGAGAGAGAAACGAAAUGAAAUGAAACCAUCAUUUUGUAUUAUUCUAACAUCUUUAUCUUCCAUUACUAUACUGUGUUUGGUGUUGUUUCUAGCAAAGGGUUCUUCUUCUUAUGGUUUCUUUUGGCUUUAUUAUUUCCCAUCAUCAAAAUGGAUAUGGUCUUCUACACCCACCAUAACCAUGGUUUUUCAAGAUGAAUCUGAUCUUAAAAGAGUGGAGAAGCUUGAAGCAACUCUUUCCAUAGCUAGAGCUUUGAUAAGAGAAGCUGCAUUAGAUCAUAACUGCAAAUCAUCUCGUGAUGGUGAUGGUGAUGAUGGUAAUAUUUACAGGAAUUUCUGUGCCUUCCAUAGGAGUUACAUGUUAAUGGAGAAGUUAUUCAAAAUAUUUGUAUAUGAAGAAGGAGAGCCUCCAUUAUUUCAUUAUGGCCCUUGCAAGAACAUAUAUUCGACAGAAGGAUUGUUCUUGAGCUUAAUGGAGACGAAUACCAAGUUCAGGACCUUCAAUCCUCAUGAAGCUGUUGCCUAUUUUCUUCCAUUUAGUGUUGUGAUGAUUAUUGAGCAUCUCUUCCAUCCCGUUAUUCGUGAUAAAGCUGUUCUUGAACGUACGAUUGUUGAUUAUGUUCGCAUCAUCUCUCACAAUCACCCUUUCUGGAAUACAAGCCAUGGAGCUGACCAUUUCAUGCUUUCCUGCCAUGACUGGGGGCCAAGGGCAACCUGGUACGAGCGUCAGCUAUACUUUAAUUCCAUCAGGGUCCUCUGCAAUGCAAAUACUUCUGAGUAUUUUAAUCCAAAGAAAGAUGCAUCACUCCCUGCUAUCAAUUUAAUAACAGGAGAAACCACAGGGCUUGUUGGUGGUUUAUCUCCAUCAAAUCGAACAAUCCUGGCAUUUUUCGCUGGUAAAAUGCAUGGAAGAAUAAGACCUGCCCUUUUACAGCAUUGGAAAGAAAAAGACAAAGAUAUACUAGUUUAUGAAAAUCUUCCACAAGAACUUUCAUAUCAAGAAAUGAUGAAGGAAAGCAAAUAUUGUAUUUGCCCUAGUGGAUAUGAAGUUGCUAGCCCAAGAAUUGUAGAAGCAAUUUAUGCAGAGUGUGUUCCAAUUUUGAUAUCAGAAAAUUAUGUUCUUCCAUUUAGUGAUGUUCUUGAUUGGAAUUCGUUUUCGAUUCAGAUUUCGGUAAGUGAGAUACCAAACCUGAAGAAAAUUUUAUUAGGAACACCUGAAGAUCAAUAUCUAAAAAUGCAAAAGAAAGUGAAGUAUGUGCAAAGACAUUUUGUUAUAAAUAAUCCUCCUAGGAGAUUUGAUGUGUUUCAUAUGAUACUUCAUUCGAUUUGGCUUCGAAGGCUGAAUGUAAAGAAUAUUAAUUAGUUGAAUUAUAACAUUUAUGGUAACAGAUUUGUAUUUUAUAAUGAAUGGCAUGACAAUGUUAAGGUUUUUGGAUCAA